CCGGCUAUUACGAAUUUAACAAUUUAUUCUUUUUAGUUAAUUUUAAACGGUUAUUGUUGUCUUAGUUGAGCACACUAUUUCGAACACUAUUUCGACUUCUUUGCAAUCGCAACUAUCACCCAUUAUUCGUUGUCGUUCCAACACAUACAGCCCAAAAUGUUUUCUGUAGAGCGAAAUCUUCGAGGACACCAUGGAACAAUAACAUCUUUGGCAUUUAGCCCUAAUAUGAAGCAGCUAAUUUCUUGUAGCAAUGACAAGUCCAUUAUUCUAUGGGGUCUUCAACAAAAGAUGAAAGCAUUUAGGUUCACUGGCCAUACAUCUUCAGUCAGUGAUGUAUGCUUUGCACCAGCUGGAAAUUUAAUGGCAUCAUGCAGUAUUGAUGGUUCACUAGCUGUGUGGAUUCCGAAUAUCACUGGAGAGAGUACAUUUUGGAAAGGCCAUCAAGCUGCAGCACGUUCUGUAGCUUUUACACCUGAUGGGAGGCAAAUAUUGUCAGCCUCUGAUGACAAGACAAUCAAGUUGUGGAAUGUGCAUAAAUCUAAGUUUGUAGCCUCGUUCAAUAGUCACACGAAUUGGGUCCGUUGCACGCGGCCAUCCCCAGACGGAAACCAGAUGGUUUCCUGUGCCGACGACCGGACAAUCAAAUUAUGGGAUUUAAAAAGUGGCGAUUGCAUUCACACAUUCUAUGAACCCAAGGCUCAAGGCAAUUAUGUUGAAUUUCAUCCUACUGGAACAUGCAUCGGGACAGCACUCAGCAACGGAGUCGUAAAAAUUUAUGAAACUCGUAUGCGGAAGGUGCUUCAAUUGUAUGAAAUCCACAACGGCCCAGUGCACUGCUUAUCAUUUCAUCCAACGUCUGGCAACUACCUAAUUACGGCCUCACAAGAAGGAACGUUAAAGGUUCUUGAUCUAAUGGAAGGGCGCCCAAGUUAUACCCUGUACGGACCGAAAGGCGCAGUGCAUUCGGUGAAGUUUAGCCCAGAUGGCGGCUAUUUCGCCACAGGAGGAGCGGACAAUGAAAUUCUAGUUUGGAAAGCCAAUUUUUCUCCAGUUCUGGAUGUUGCUGACACUUCCAGCAAUAAGACAUCUAUAAAAACUAAAAUUCGACCGUCCAUUGCCGGUGGACUUCAAGGUGUCGACGUGAAGAAAAUUGUUGCAUCUUCUGUGACAGAAGAUCGACAAGAUAUAGAAGAUGCGAGUGUUAAUUCAAAAAGAACGUCAAGCAUUGACGAGCUAGAAAUUAGUAAAAAAACUAUGGACAUGCAAAUUAGCGAUUCGCAUGAAAAAACAGGAAAUGCAAACAAAACGGAAAGAGAGAAGCGGUUGGAAAUUAUUAUCGGGGAUUUGGUUUCGCAAGUUGAUGUCUUAACAAAUACGUUGUUAGCGCUCGAGCAACGUGUGACAUUUAUCGAGGAUCAACAAAAAGAAAAUCUUGGCACAGGGAUAUUCUCCAAUGGGGAAUAAGUCGGUGCGUGCUUGUAAUUUAAUAUUGUGAAAUCCAAAAACCCUUGCAUUCCACUCGAUACAAUUUUGCUGAAAUCUCUCUUGCCAAGAGAAAAAAAUGCCGCCUUCUCUUCCUCAAUAAUUCUUUUGUCUUCUCCAAAAACGGCUUCGUUUUUAUUCCAUUGGACCAAUGUAAAAAUAUAAUAAUAAUAAUAAUAAAAGUAAUUUAGCAAAUCGA